AUGAACUCAAAUGGCGCCUCGUCCUAUUUCUCUCAACAACCCCCCCAGCCCUUCUCUGACACCGCGACUCCCAUCGCGGCCUCGUACUCUACCCCCCCACAGACUGAUACUCUACGAUACGACGAAGAUCGAGAGACGCAGUACAAUACCUUGGCCAACUCACACGCUGGACAUCAGAAGCAACACUUCCCUCCAGAAGGCGACGUCGCAAAUCACAACGACACGAGCGGCAACAACCUGGCAGUCCCUUCCGCUACUGCUCGUGGCAAGUUUACAGAAGAAUGGGAUGCGAGUCAAAGAGGAAGUAGCAUUAUCGAAGGCUAUUCGUCCAACAUGCAGCGAUCCAAUUCGUUUGUCUCCAACAAUGGGGAGGACCAUCUGAGCCUCCCUUCGCGCCACAACACCCUCAAGAAGAAGAGUUCGCUGCGUAGGAACGGCAGCCUAAAGCGCAGCAGCAGUCGGAGAAGCAUGAAGGCUGGCAGCGUACGCAGCUUGGCUCUGCAGCCUUCAAACGACCCCGACGAGGUACAUAGCGCAUUCCAUUGCCCUGUUCCGACAUCAGGAAAUCCGACCGAAGCCUUGGCCGCCAGAUUCCAGUCAUGGCGUAAGAUCCUCAAAGAUCUUAUUGCAUAUUACCGCGAAAUCCAGACACACUAUGAGCACAAGUCCAAAUCGCUGCUGAAGCUCGCCAACGUCGCCAACAACAUUUCGACCCCCCCUGGCUUCCUGGGCUCUGGCGGCAUCGAUGAUGCUCUACAAAUAUUGCGUAGCUACCAUAAGGGCGCCAUUCUGGAGUCGAAUAAGUCAAAGGAGAUCGAAGAGGAUGUUAUCCUAGCCCUCACUGGGUUGAGAAACGACCUUCACCAGAAGAUCAAAGAGAUCAAGAACUUGUCGGGCGAUUUUAAAAACUCGGUAGACAAGGAGAUGGAUGGUACCAAGCGCGCUGUUAGGGUGCUGCAGGACACAUUGGGCCAAACUGAUCUGGACCCCUCGUUGACGACUGGAAAGCAAGACCCAUAUCUUUUGCGGCUUGCCGUCGACAGACAAGUUGAGCGCCAGAUCGAUGAGGAGAACUACCUCCACCAGGCAUACUUGAACCUGGAGAACUCUGGCCGCGAACUUGAAGCCAUCGUAGUGGGCGAAGUCCAAAAGGCUUGCAAUGCCUACGCCGGCAUCCUCAAGCGCGAGUCUGAUGCCGCUUACAACGCCAUCGACGAGCUCCGUGCCGGCCCCAUUUCUAUGCCCAAAGAUCACGAGUGGGCGCACUUCGUCCAAAAAGACGAUCAGUUCGUGGAUCCUGACAUUCCAAUCCGGUCUGCCGAACACAUUCACUACCCUGGCCGAGAGCACGUCGCAUGCCAGGAAAUUCGUGCGGGGCUCCUCGAGCGCAAGAGCAAGUACCUUAAGAGCUACACAGCUGGGUGGUAUGUACUUUCUUCAACUCAUCUUCAUGAAUUCAAGUCAGCGGAUAAGGCCCAAGCUCCUGUUAUGUCAUUGUACCUUCCAGAGCAGAAACUAGGUUCGCACUCUAGCGAGGGAGGGUCCUCCAACAAAUUCAUCCUCAAGGGUCGCCAAACCGGAUCGAUGCAUCGUGGUCAUACGUGGGUCUUCCGGGCCGAGAGCCAUGACACAAUGAUGGCUUGGUACGAAGAUAUCAAGGUUCUCACCGAGAGGUCUCCUCAAGAGAGGAGGGAGUUCGUCCGCGGACACGUGCGAAGCUUGAGCCAGUCUUCGCAAAGAUCCACAAGCAGCGAUGGCGUUCUCGAAGACGACGAUGAUGAGCCAUUUUCGGCGGACGCAGCGGUUGCAGCAAGUAUGAGUCAGAGGCAUGACGUCCGCCGUCCGGAAGCAGGUGGGCGGUUUCCAUCUGACAUUCAGGUCAACGCGCAGCGAGGCUUACAGGCACCUCUUUCGCCUUCUAGUGUGAGUUCUGGAUUCGACAACUCUGAUGGCGACGCAGCCAUGCAACCAUCUGCCUUGUCGGGCAGCAUUUUGGGCGUUUAUCACGGUUCGACUGAGCAUCCGAACGGUUACGGUGGUACGGACCGGACACCCAUGGAGGAGGUCCCAUCCCAUGCUGCUGUGGUGACUCAACAAGCUCGAGAAGACGGAGUAAACCCAUAUACCCGCGAGUCACUUCGACGAUCGCAGUCCUUAACUAGAGGGCAGCAGGCAGUCUAUAUACCCGCCACCGAUUUGCAGAAAUCCCAUAGCCAACAUGCGACACCUGCCAGAUACGAAGACUCCAGACCGGUAUCUACCGCCAACCACGAUCGUGUUCUUGAGACACCCGGCGGCAACAGUCAGUACGGCCAAUGGAUGAACAGCGACGGAAAGUACUCGCCUGCUGUCCCAAACAAUGAUUCCAUCCAGCAACAAACCAGUGAAUACUCGGCAUUGGGUAACCGAAACCUGGAUGGUGUCACUACGAUCCCCAUCGUCCGAAUGGACGAAGGAUAUGCUUCUCGUAGAGACAGAAUCCCUCCGCAAGACGGGUCGUCUGUCCUUGCUGCUAAUGCUCCAAUAUCUGUUCCCAGGAGUCAAGAAGCGCAUCGUCAACAGCAGCCAGUAUCUUCCAUCCGCCCUACUUCUGGCACUGUCAGAAACGAUAGCGUUCCGACAAUCUCAAAUCUGCAUAUUCCUGGAGAAUAUCCCAAGGGAAACGCGGCAGCGGUUGAUUCGAGACGAUGA